CCUAGAUUUGCUUCUAUGGUGAGAACUGUAGCUAGCUUGUUGCGUUAGCUGGCUGCCAGCUGUAGCUACCCCCCAAAAUGUCCUCAAAAUGUCUUAAGCUGCCCUGAAAUUCUAAUGAGAAUUUAAAUAUAUUUUCAAACAAAGGAAAACAACUCAAACAAGACCUCAAAGCAUAGAGGUUAGUACUUGUUAGCACAGCACUGUACAAAAUAUCAUUUUAAAAACUCGAGUUUCCUGCUAACGUGACCACAGUUGUGCCUUUUCACUUAAUUCAGUUUUCAUUCUGAUGUUUAAAUUUAAGUCCAGACCAGAUCAUAGACUUUGUUUGGAACCUUUCAGUCACGUUGGCUGACAUUUCUCAAGUUUCUGAAAUGUUCCAAUUUUUUUUUCUGCCCAAGAAAUUCUCAUUCUCCAAAAACAUACAUACAUAUGAAAUCACCACCAGUCUCCACCAGAUUAGAGGGUUGCCAGUUUUGAAUCCUGUAUUGGGUUCGACCAUGGUGUGUUGACCAAGCACCAAAACUCUCCUGCUCCCUGUGUUGCCAAAAAUGACAAAAACAAAUCACCUGCUGCUUCUAUCAUUUCACAGAAUUAGCCUUGAAUCUUGCCCUUAAAAAACUGAUUUCUUGAGGACUAGCAAAAAGCCUUGUUCAAAAUGAUAGAACUUUAUGGUGGCUACUAUCUCUGUAAGUCCUUACCUGAACAUGGCUGCAAAUUUACCUUGGAUUUUUGAUUUUUUUUAGGGUGAAUCGCAUGUUGAUAGUAGCAGGAGACUACUCUCUUUCGAUCUAUGAGGGCAAGGAGCAAGAAAUCCUCCCCCAUUAUCUGGUUCCCCACCCAGGGUUCGACAAGGACACCAACAACAAUGACCUCAUGCUUAUCAAACUGAGGUCACCGAUCUACAUGAACAGCUACGUUUCCAUCGCCCUGCUACCCAGACAAGAUGCUUCCAUUGAUGAGGGACAGAUGUGCCGAGUGUCAGGCUGGGGAUUAACCAGCGCCUACGACUCCCAGAUUCCCUCAACGCUCCUCACGGUCAAAGUCCCUAUCGUAUCGACACAGUUGUGUAACAGCAGCGAUUCAUAUAACGGGAAUAUAACACACUCUAUGAUCUGUGCCGGCUUCCGCGACGGAGGAAAGGAUUCUUGUAAGGUAAGAUCAAGCUUUUUAUAUGAUUUAGCUGCUUUUAGCUGUUGAUUUACAAUCAGGUGGAUUUCUACUGCACACUGAAGGGCUGUCAAAGGCCUGUUAAGAUGAUCGAUUUUACAGUGGAACCUCGGUUGUCGAACGCCUCCCUUUUCGAACAUUUCAGUUCAUGAACACAUGUUUAACCAAAAAUUGCCCGGUUGUCGUACCAAAACUCACGGUUGUCCAACACACCAACAAUAUCA